GCUCACUCACCCACUCACUCACCUACUCACUCACCCACUCACUCACCCGCUCACUCACCCACUCACCCGCUCACCUACUGACUCAUCCACUCACCUACGCACUCACCCACUCACUCACCUACUCACUCACCUACUUACUCACCAGCUCACUCACCCACUCACCUACUCAUCCACUCACCUACUCACUCACCUAAAAACCCUCUCACCCGCUUACUCACCUAUUCACUCACCUACUCAUCCGCUCACUUACCCACUCACAUUCUCACUCACGCACCCGCUCACUCACUCACCUACUCACUCACCCACUCACCUACUCACUCACCUAAAAACCCACUCACCCGCACACUCACCUAUUCACUCACCUACUCACCCGCUCACUUACCCACUCACAUUCUCACUCACGCACCCGCUCACUCACUCACCUACUCACCCGCUCACCUGACUCACAUAGUCACCCGCUCACUCACUCACCUAUUCACUCACCAUCUCACUCAUCCACUCAAUCUCUACGAGUGUCUGUGUCUCUAUGAGUAUCUAUGCAGCUCUGUGUAUGUCUAUGUGUAUGAGUGUCUAUGUGUCUCUAUGAGUAUCUAUGCAGCUCUGUGUAUGUCUAUGUGUAUGAGUGUCUAUGUGUCUCUAUGAGUAUCUAUGCAGCUCUGUGUAUGUCUGUGUGUGUGUAUGUCUAUGUGUCUCUAUGAGUGUCUAUGCAGCUCUGUGUAUGUCUAUGUGUCUGUAUUUCUAGGUAUAGCUACCGCUUGAGAGAGAUAGAGGAGGGGGGAGAGAAAGGGGGAGGGAGACGUGGGGGGUAAUCCCCUACCGAGAAAGAGGAAGACGAGACGAGUUUAGUUUUGAGUCACUCGGGCUCACGACGCAGUGUUUACAACGCAUAUAAAGAGACACACACAGACACACACAGAGACACAGAGACACACAGACACUCACAGAGACACAGAGAUACUCACAGAGACACAGAGACACAAAGACAGAGAUACACUCACAGAGACACACACAGAUAUACACAGACACACACAGAGACACACACACACUGACACACACACAUACACACUGACACACACAUACACUGACACACAGACACACACUGACACACAGACACUGACACACACACAGACACUGACACACACAUACAUUGACACACAUACGCAGAAACACACGCACAGACAAACACUGACACACACACACCGACACACACACGCACAGAGGCAAAGACGGAAGAGAGAGAGAGAAGAAGAAAGCGCAGUGAGACUGAGACGUAGGGGGUGGGGGGGGGGGUAGCAAGGUGAGAAGAGAGGGCAGAGAGAGAGACCCUGAGACCACUGCUACUGCUGCUGCUCCUGAAUGUCGUAGCAGCGGAGACGACGACGACGACGAUGGCGUGGAGAGUGGCACUCGCUGUGCUCGCUCUGCAGGUCUCUGCGGUCCUGGCUGACACUGAAGAGGUCGAGGGCGACCUGGGAUCGUCCGUGCGCCUGCCCUGCCACUUUGAUCGAACCAAGGACGUCGCUGCGAUCAGCGUGCAGUGGAAAUGGCUUCGAGAUGGUGACGAAUUCCAGAUCCUCUACUAUCACAACAGGCUGAAGCGCAAAACGGAGCGCGUGAUUUGGGAAGGCGAUCUGAGCGCGGGAGAAGCGGGCAUCGAACUCAUCGAGCUGAGCCAUGACGACGGAGGCUCGUACACCUGUGAAGUGAUUGACAUGGCGGAGAACAAACAGCACAAGGCCACCGUUCGCCUGACGAUCCGUGAGCCGGGCAGCAACGUCGAGCAAUCAGAUCCGCCGGCUGUCCCUGCAAACCAAAGAUCGGAAGCAGAGGUAAGCAGCGGAAAGAACGUCGCCACCAUCAUCGCCGUCACCUCGCUCUGCGUGAUCAUCCUUAUCGGCAGCCUGGUCUACGUCAAGUGGAGGACCAACAGAACGAGGGCGUUGGCGGCGAGCUACAAGUCCGUGAAUCUGGGUGACCACGGCCAGGGUCGGGGUCCGAACGCUCCGGGCGGGGACGGUGGCGGUCGAGCGCUCGUGACCAUCACCGUCAUGGACGGGAGCUACGGCGGCUCCCAGGUGAAGCAGGUCUCCGUGUAGUGAUUCUCGGCACGGAGCCAGACGGAGGGAGAAGUCGGCAAAACGAACAACCCCUGCGGAGAUGGAGCCUGAAGAAAUCGGCUUCGUUACCCCUUCGCAGCAAUAAUGGAGGAUGGGGUGGUGGUGGUAUCAGAUGUUCAGACAUCAACUAGACACCGAGUAUUGCAAUUGAAGUCCGCCUUAACCACACGAACAUGCUCGUGGUGAAAUAUGCAACCUCUAUCACUACCUCCUAUCACUGCCCCUAUCACUGCCCCUAUCGCUACCCCCAUCACGAUCUCCUAUCACGAUCUCCUAUCACUACCACUAUCGCUACCCCCAUCACGAUCUCCUAUCACUACCCUUAUCAAUACCCCCAUCACGAUCUCCUAUCACGAUCUCCUAUCACUACCACUAUCGCUACCCCCAUCACGAUCUCCUAUCACUACCCUUAUCAAUACCCCCAUCACGAUCUCCUAUCACUACCCCUAUCGCUACCCCCAUCACGAUCUCCUAUCGCUACCCCCAUCACGAUCUCCUAUCACGACCCUUAUCAAUACCCCCAUCACUAUCUCCUAUCACUACCCCUAUCGCUAUCCCCAUCACGAUCUCCUAUCACUGCCCCUAUCGCUACCCUCAUCACGAUCUCCUUUGACUACCCUUAUCAAUACCCCCAUCACGAUCUCCUAUCACUACCCCCAUCACGAUCUCCUAUCACUACCCCUAUCACUACCCCCAUCACUAUCUCCUAUCACGACCCUUAUCAAUAACCCCAUCACGAUCUCCUAUCACGACCCUUAUCACUACCCCUAUUGCCACCCCCAUCACAAUCUCCUAUCACUACCCCUAUUGCCACCCCCAUCACUAUCUCCUAUCACGACCCUUAUCAAUACCCCCAUCACGAUCUCCUAUCACUACCCUUAUCACUACCCCUAUUGCCACCCCCAUCACGAUGUCCUAUCACUACCCCUAUUGCCACCCCCAUCACUAUCUCCUAUCACGACCCUUAUCAAUAACCCCAUCACGAUCUCCUAUCACGACCCUUAUCACUACCCCUAUUGCCACCCCCAUCACAAUCUCCUAUCACUACCCCUAUUGCCACCCCCAUCACUAUCUCCUAUCACGACCCUUAUCAAUACCCCCAUCACGAUCUCCUAUCACUACCCUUAUCACUACCCCUAUUGCCACCCCCAUCACAAUCUCCUAUCACUACCCCUAUUGCCACCCCCAUCACUAUCUCCUAUCACGACCCUUAUCAAUACCCCCAUCACGAUCUCCUAUCACUACCCUUAUCACUACCCCUAUUGCCACCCCCAUCACAAUCUCCUAUCACGACCCUAACCCCUAUCAC